AUGAGACCUCCCAGGGGACGCGGCGGGGGCUUCAGGGGUGGCAGAGACGGAGGCGGCCGUGGCGGUCGCUUUGGAGGCCGUUUCGGUGGGGGUGGCCGCGGCCCGCCUCGUGACGAAGGCCCUCCUUCCGAAGUCGUUGAGAUUUCGACAUUUCUUCAUGCUUGUGAGGGAGAUGCUGUCACAAAGCUUACAAAUGAGAAAAUACCCUACUUUAAUGCUCCUAUUUACCUUCAGAACAAGACCCAGAUUGGUAAAGUAGAUGAAAUCUUCGGCCCCAUUAAUGAAUCUUAUUUUUCCAUUAAGAUGAUGGAGGGCAUUGUGGCAACGUCGUAUUCUCCGGGUGAAAAGUUCUUCAUUGACCCAGCUAAACUUCUGCCACUCUCAAGAUUUCUUCCUCAGCCCAAGGGACAAGCACAGGCAGGACGUGGUGGAGGACGUGGGGGAGGAAGAGGUGGUGGAAGAGGUGGUCGUGGAGGAUUUCGUGGAAGGGGUGCUCCUAGAGGUGGUCGUGGUGGUCCCCGAGGUGGUGGUCGUGGUGGUGGAUUCAGAGGAAGAGGAAGAUCAUAGAAUGUUUGGGUGCUUAAUAGAGUUAUGUCUUCCUUAUUUUGGGUAGUCGUUUCAGGGUGCUAAAUCAAUCAGAACAAUGCAUGUUGUUGGUGUCUUCUGUAUACUAAUGGAAACUAAUUUCCUGCAUAUGAUUUCGAGUUAUUGACAUUGGUUUAUAUCAUC